GCUGGAUGCUGCCUUCAGGUCGUUUUUGAACACCGAACUGUCAAUACCGAUUUCUGAGGCAUCGCUUGAAGGCAUCACAAGUUGAGCAGCUCCCAGUUAAUGCAAAGGCAGACUAAUGAUCCAGCUGCUGUGAGUGUGUGCGCUGACAUGGAUACAAUUGGCUUUUACUGUUGAAACUGGACACAUUACAGUGGUACGGUGACAGUGGAGUACUUCAAAGAGCGGUAAAACUUCUUCCACGGCCGCACUCAUGUGAUUUCCUCUUGUUUGAGCCAUGUCCAAGAGCCUGAGAAAGAGGAAGAACCACUGGACUAACAAAGUCCAUGAGAGUGUCCUUUGCAGAAAUGAGGAGGGGGAGCUGGGGCUGGAGUUGAAGGGCGGCGCAGAGAAUGGACUGUUCCCGGUUAUCGGCGAGCUUCUCCCGGGCAGAGCGGUCUGCCACAGCGGCAAACUCUGCCAGGAUGAACUCCUCCUGGAAGUCAAUGAUACCCCAGUGGCUGGACUCACCACCAGGGACGUCCACGCUGUCGUCAAACACAGCAAAGACCCCGUCCGAGUCAAGUGUGUCAAACAAGGGGGCGUGAUAGACAAGGACCUGCGCCACUACCUCAACCUGCGCUUUCAGAAAGGCUCGGUGGACCACGAGCUGCAGCAGAUCAUCCGGGACAACCUCUACCUCCGCACCGUCCCCUGCACAACCAGGCAGCCCAAGGAAGGAGAGGUCCCAGGGGUGGAUUAUAAUUUCGUGACCAUUGAUCGGUUUAUGGAAUUGGAGAAAAGUGGAGCCCUGCUAGAGAGCGGAACAUAUGAAGAUAACUUUUACGGUACCCCGAAGCCUCCGGCCGAGCCCAGCACUCUGCUGCUAAAUGUAACGGACCAGCUGCUGCCGGGCGCCAGACCCACCUCCGAGGGCAAGAGGAAGCGUAACAAGUCGGUCAGCAACAUGGAAAAAACCAGCAUCGAGCCCCCCGAGGAGGAGGAGGAGGAGAGACCCGUCGUCAAUGGCAACGGUGUAGCUGUCACCCCAGAGUCGAGCGAACAUGAGGACAAGAGUACAGACGCUUCGGGGGACAUCGCCCCGCAGGGCAUCCUGGCAGAGGCCCCACCUGAGGCGCCUAAAGACGACGGACAGUCCCCGAAAAUGACACUACCCAAACCAGAUGAGAACGAUGAACUAGGGCCACUGCCAGACAACUGGGAGAUGGCAUACACCGAGAAAGGAGAGGUCUACUUCAUAGACCACAAUACCAAGACAACAUCGUGGCUGGACCCGAGGCUAGCCAAGAAGGCAAAGCCGCCCGAGGAAUGCAAAGAGGAUGAGCUUCCGUACGGCUGGGAGAAAAUCGAUGACCCCAUUUACGGCAGCUACUAUGUUGACCAUAUAAAUAGAAGGACCCAGUUUGAGAACCCAGUCCUGGAGGCUAAAAGGAGACUCCAGCAGCAGCAGCAGAUGCAAAGCCAGGGUCUGUCCUCACUGCCCCUUCCCACCAUCUACAGAGUGGAGGAUGCCAGCCCCUGUGCCCCCCUCCCCAGAUCCCCCCUCGUUCAGGUCAGCUCAGUGCCUGUGCGCUGCCACAGCCUCGGCGACCUCUCCCGCUCACCAACUCUGGGUCGCAGGGCCGCUGCGUAUGCUACAUCCUCCUCCGCCGACGUCUCCCCGCUCCGGCGUGUCCUGACCCGGCGGAUGAAUACGUGCCCCCACCACAACCAGCAGCAGCGGCAGCCACUUCACACCUCCGCCUGCACUGUGGUGCUAGAGCAGCCUGUCUGUAGCCCCUUCUCCCUGUGGCACUUUGUCAAGAAGCCGCUGUUCACGCGGGACCCCACUCAGUUGAAAGGCAGUUUCUUGUCCACAUCACUCCAAAAGAGCAACAUGGGCUUCGGCUUCACUAUUAUCGGAGGCGACGAGCCUGACGAAUUCCUCCAGGUCAAGAGUGUUAUCCCUGAUGGGCCUGCCGCAGCUGAUGGAAAGAUGGCCACAGGGGAUGUCAUUGUCUACAUCAACGAUGUGUGCGUCCUGGGCACCACCCACGCCGAUGUGGUCAAACUCUUCCAGUCGGUGCCAAUUGGCCAAAGCGUCACCCUUGUCUUGUGCCGUGGAUACCCUUUGCCCUACGACCCCGAGGAAGCUGCCAACACCAACAACAACACCACCAUCAUCUCCCCGCUGGGCAUCAUGGAGCAGCGGCCCAUCAUGGUGAACGGCAGGACGGGCUACGACAACUACCUGGACUAUCUAUCCCGCACGGCACGCUUCGUCACAGACCCCGGUCAGGACCAGGUCAAUGCCCAGCAGCAGCUGCUCACCCCUCACCCGGGUGACACCCACUUAGACGGCUCGCUUCCUCCCACCACCGGCACCACACCCCCUGACAGCGUCUCCAUGGCGUCGUCGGGGGCGACCCAAGGGGAGCUACUGACGCUGACCAUGGUGAAGGGCAUGGAAGGUUUUGGCUUCACUAUUGCUGACAGCGCUACAGGCCAGCGAGUCAAACAAGUGCUAGAGCCUCUGGGCUGCCCAGGUCUGUUCGAGGGUGACCUGAUUGUGGAGAUUAAUAAGCAAAAUGUGCAGGGAUUCGCACACACCCAGGUGGUGGAGCUUCUCAAGGAGUGUGCCGUGGGAGCCGAGACCAGCCUGGUGGUUCAGAGAGGUGGAACAGGUCACUAUUCACCCUGGAAGACCCCUAAGCAGGUGCUGGAGCAGUGGGAGUCCCAGCAGGGCCAGGGCAGCCCUGCUCAGACCAGCCUGUCAGCCCCCGUUAUUCCCCACAACGCCCCCUUCACAACACACCAUCUCCACAGGGCCUCUGUCCCAGACUCAGCCUCCGAGGCCUUGGCCCUGGCUAAACCAGACCCUUAUGACCUUUAUGAGAAGUCCAGGGCUAUCUAUGAGAGUAGGCAACCUGGCCAAACAAGGGCAGUUUUUCCUGUGGACUCCUCAGGAGCAGAGUAUCAGGACAUAGAGGUGCACCUGCGCAGACAGAAGUCCGGCUUUGGUUUCCGGGUGCUGGGCGGGGACGAGGCAGGGCAGCCUGUGAGUCCGGAGGCGUGUGAGAAGAUCUUGAUCGGGGCGAUCAUCGAGAAGAGUCCGGCAGACCUUGAUGGGCGCUUGCGGCCCGGUGAUGAGCUGCUGUUUGUGGACGGGAUCCCGGUUGUGGGGAAGCCGCACAGAUAUGUCAUUGACUUGAUGCACGGGGCGGCCCGAAACGGCCAAGUGAAUCUGGUCAUCAGGAGGAGGGUGCAGACAGCAGGUGAGUCCUUUCCAGAGAACGGCCGUAGCCCGGGCUCUGUCUCCACGCAACACAGCUCCCCACGCAGUGACUUCACCUAUGGCAACAGCACCAGCACUACCCAGGCACCCAACGCCAACAUGGGCAACCCAACCACCGCUUCAGACAGGACGUUGACCCCCAACACACAACCCAGUGAUGUCAUCAUCAAUCGAAAGGAGAGCGAAGGCUUCGGCUUCGUCAUCAUCAGCUCGCUCAACAGGCCCGAGGCGGCCGCCACCAACACUGUGCCGCAUAAGAUUGGCCGCAUCAUCGAGGGUAGCCCGGCCGACCGCUGCGGGAAGCUGAAGGUGGGAGACAGGAUACUGGCAGUGAACAGCCAGUCCAUCAUCAACAUGCCGCACGCCGACAUCGUUAAGCUGAUCAAGGAUGCGGGCCUCAGCGUCACCCUGAAGAUUAUACCGCAGGAGGAGAGCAGCAAUCCCCCAUCAGCCCCUAGCUCUGAGAAACAGAGCCCCAUGGCCCAGCAGCACAGCCCGAAGACCCAGCCAAGCUCCGCUGCCUCACUGCCCAACCCAGCAGUCACAGAACCCAACCCUUUGGUUAAUCAGCCCAAUCCCAUGCCUCACCAGAGCCCUGUGACCCAGCUGCCCGUCCCUCCUCCUCAGACUUACACCCACGAGAGCAGGUCAGAGGUGAAAGCAAGGCAAGAUGUUAAACCAGACAUCAGACAGCCACCAUUCACAGAUUACCGACAGCCGCCGGUGGACUACCGGCACCCUCCUGUGGCAGACUACAGGCAGCCACCCACGUUGGACUACAGACACCCGCCACUGCUCGACUACAGACAGCUAGCUACUGACACCAGGCAGUUCACCAUCCCAGACUACCGAAUGCCACCAGUUCAACUUUCACAGGACUUUGACUUUUUCACAGUGGAGUUGGAGAAAAGUGUGAAAGGCUUCGGUUUUAGCAUCCGCGGAGGGCGGGAGUACAAGAUGGACCUGUUUGUCCUACGCCUGGCAGAGGACGGACCGGCCAUCCGCAACGGGAGGAUGAGGGUUGGGGACCAAAUAAUUGAGAUCAAUGGAGAGAGCACCCGGGACAUGACCCACGCCAGGGCCAUCGAGCUGAUCAAGUCUGGAGGCAGACGCGUCCGUCUCCUCCUAAAGAGGGGUACAGGGCAGGUCCCAGAGUACGAUAAUGCCGCCCCAUGGGAUGCCUGCCCUUCAGCCUCCCCAAGCCUGUCGGAAGUAGCCCCUCCCAUCGACAGCCUUUCCAUGUCAUCGCCUUCAUCUCAUCUGGCCCCGGCCCCCGACCCACCUCACCUGCCGCCUCUGGACGUCCCUCAAGACCUGGUGGCACGAGACAGCUGGACAGAGCGUUCGAAGAGCCCCCAGCUGCUAAAUCCAGAUCCGAUCAGCCAGGGGAGAAGAGCGGCUACAACCGGCGGGAGCGGCAGAGCCAAGAAGGGGGGUGGCAGGUCCACCCACAAGGGGCACAGGGUUCAGCCCACUACUGAGGGGGAAGUGGGCAAGGAGUGGCAGAGCGGGGAGCUCAAACCUUCCAGGAGCACCAGAGGGAGGUCCAAGGAGAGAUUUACUGAGGACAGCAGAGAAUCCACCGAAUCUCCCAGCAUCUCCAAGCUCCCGCACACUAACGGGAACAGCAGGGAAGAUGUGGAACGUUACGGUGGAGGGCAGCAGGUGGAGUCGGAGCAGAGCAGACCCAGGCCCAGGGAACUGGAAAGGGGCCUGGGAGAGAGCAGGCCCAGCCUUCCCAACAAGAGCACCAGCAGCGGCAGCGCAGCAGGGAGGAAGGCCACGGUCUCUCCUGGGCCUUGGAAGAUCCCUGGAUCAGACAAGCUGGCCAGCACACUGCACACAGGCACGUCCACGCUGAGCAGAUAACACCGCGGCUCCAGCAGAAGACAGUGGCCACACUCAUCUAAACUAAACCACCGCAUGUGGACGAAACCACCAUCCUCACACCUUCCUGUGCUCCUUUAUCCCCCCGCCAUCCCGUUCUAUCAUAGACCACAGAGUCCGAAACCAAGGGGGGCAGAGUGAUCUGGACCACGUGUUUUUAGAGUUUUAUUUAUGAUAUUGUACUCUAAAUUAUUUUGAGAAAUAUUUUACACCCACCACCUUAAGAACUGGAAAAUCAUCCACUUUAAAAAAAAGAAUGGAAGAUCAAGUAGAAUGUGUGUUUAGCGUGGCGGGGAAUCAUUUGGGGGGCAAAAAACUUUAAAGAACUCUAUUUUGAGUUCUCCUCAAGCAGAACUGGGGGACACAAUAUAGACAACUGACAGGAAACAACUGUCAAUUGUGAUUGGAUUUUUUAUAUAUAUAUAUAUAUAUAUAUAUAUAUAUAUAUAUAUAUAUCUUCACAAUGGAGUCUGUUUUAUGAAAUGGAAUGUUAAAAAGAAAGUUUGCCUGUUUUUGAUGAGAGCGAAUGGAACAAAGAGUGACAGCAGAGAUGAAAUCUACUCAACAGAACUUUGCCUUAACAGAGACUGUAUGGGCUUGAAUCUAUCUUGAAUCUAUCAGAUGAUUAUAGACAUAUAUAUUAUAAUGAAUAUGAAUAUGUGGGGUCAUUUUGUAAAUAAGAUCAUCUUUAAGAGAACAGAACCUUAGUUGAGCAUGAUGGAAAUUCUAGUCCAUGCGCGACAUGGAGCAGAAUUUUCACCACACCAACUUCUCCCUCUUCUACACUCCCGUUAAGCCCUGUGAUUGCAGUUUGGGCUCUCGGCAGGCCUGCUGCGGUUGUUUUCACGAUCAAUUUGCGCUUGAAUCAUCCCGAGUUCAGCAGGGGUGUCAUGUCAAUCCAUUUUUUUCAUUUGCUGUGCUUAACGAACAAAGCAAUCCACGGCAGUGGUGUCCAGCCGGACGGUAAAAGGAGGAGCUCGCAUGAUACCGACCGAGGGGCAGAGUGCCUUAGACUGACAGAGAGGUUGGCUUUUAAGUCAAAGGUUCAACUCCAAACCACUUAAGAGGGUUCAAAACAGGCUGCUAUACAACAUCAACUUUACAGAUAUAAAUAAUAAACUGUAUUUUUUCAGAUACGAGUGGGAUAAAGUGAAAUAUAUCAUUUAUUCCACAGGCUUACGUAUGAAGUAAGUCCAUUGUCAGAGGUAUUGACGAUCUUUAUUUGUGCAAGUGGUUCAUUUUGGGUCGUGAUAGUUUUCAUUAUGUCUGACACUAGUCAUUUCCAUGAAGAAUUGCUCAUAUGAGAUGGUGUAUUCAAAUGUCAGCACAGAGCAGAGCUUUGCACCCAAAACAAUCACUACUAAAGUCUGAUAUUAAGUCGUCAAAGAAUCAAUCUCACUUGUCAAAAGCUUGCACGACUAACAAACUGUGACCUGAACGAAUGAAUGCCCUCGAUUUGAAAAUGAAACAUUUCCAGAUUGGCUGAGAAGAGCUUGCACCUGUCACAGCAACUGUCAGCGGCUGAAUUUGAUUUGUUUUAGGUGAAUCUGUCUACACUGUGUGAUAUUAACAAGUCCAUCUCCAUGCCAAACUCCCUGUAGAUUAGAUACAUUUUCAAGAUACCUGCCCCAGAAUUGCAAACUGUUUGAAGGCUUUAUGCUACAUGUACAGGUGUACAUUUAUGCAACCUGACAAUUGACCUUUCGCUAAACCGUGCACCCCUUAGUUGCUGUUGCUAUGCCUGUCAAGCUUUCUGGUACGACACACGUGCAGUUUACAAUGAUAACGGUGGCAGAUUUACAACUCAGAAUUGUUCGUAAUUUUUGAAAAAAAUGGGUCCUUGUUUUCAGACAGAAACUGACGAUUUUGGCAGCUGAAAGGACAACUGUCAGCUGUAGCUAGCUAGCUACUUAAGCUAAUGUUUAGCUCCAUGAGUUGGCUGGAAACUGUGUCUCUGGCUGACUUUUUAAUGUUUCCAUCCGACUCAUUUUAAAACAUGAAUCUUGCAACAAAAAAGGAUCCUAAAUAUCUACUUGAUGGCUACUUUUAUGAUAUCGUGCUGGAAGAGGGUAAAGCUCAUGGAUGUAUUAUAUUAACGGUAAAGCUACAUGUCCCAGGCAAAACGUUAGCAUCCUCACCAGUUGAUGAUCAUGUAGUCUGGAUCAACAGAAGUAUAUUUCCAGGAUAAAGGCUGACGCGUGAGCCAUGCGCCAGAUGUCAGGAUGUCAUCGUGCAAUAAGGUAAGCCUGCUUGGUAGUUCUGGUGGUUCUGAACAGUUAACUUCAUUUAAUAUUUUAUGUGGCGUUUUCUUUUGCGGGAUUCAAAUGUUUCACCAAGACAAGUUCCUUCCUGAGACUAUUUUGCAGAGCCACCGUCGCUGCGUCCGGAGUAUAGCACCACGUAAGACGUUUGUGAUUGGUUUAAAGCAAUGCAAAUAACCCAGAGCAUUUUUUUUCUCCUAUCAUAGGAUGUAUCUGUGGUGUAGCAGCAAGACCUUACUCCACAACGCUUUGGAGAUAGGUCUGGCAAUGCGGUCUAAUGAUCAUAUAGCGGACAUGCAUUGUUCUUUUAUUGCACGGUAGAGCUAAUUAGUACUAGUACUACUACUUAAAAAAUGUAAGAUCAGACUGCUAUUUCAUUCUCAUAUAACACAAUUUGGCUGUUUUGUUAUUGUAUUAAACAGUAUGUUUUUACUUUUAACGUUACAAGAGAAAAGUCUUUUAGGAUGUGGACUAACUGAUGAAGUUGGCAAAUGCUCUCUCAGGUAACGCAGGCUGGAAUUGCUGGAGUUGCUAGAAUGUCAAUCCAAUAAAGAGCAGGACAGAGUUGCUAACUAGCUAGUGAACAAGCAGGACAUGCUAACGCUUGCAGCUCCCAUUAAAGCAGACACUGUUUAGUCCUUUUCUUACACUUGAGCUCCUGUGAUUUGGUUUGGUUUUGGAAAUGCUAAGAAAAUGCUGAUUAUUGCUUAUGCACACUGCUUCGAAAUGUGGAGUAAUCCAAAGUUUAACAGGUCUGCAGUGCAUAGUUACAGUUGCUAAGUUGUGAUCGAACACUUGAUGUUCGGGGCAGGGUUUUACGCAAACUCUCAAUUUUAAGAUCAACAAAUCUUUUCAGCAUCUGUACCCUCUUUGCAGUUGUGACAACUCUGAGUGGCAUGAGCUGACAACAGAAAAAAUAAUCCCAGAACAAAAGUGUCCUCUCCUUUACCUACUAAGGGAAGUGCAAACAGAGUAAAAGAGCACAGGGCGAAAAGUCAUUGUUUGCCAUUGUAAUUUCCAAUUACACAAGGAAUAAGCUGCUGACUUUAAAGCACAAUCAGGACCUUCAAUCACUUGUAGAUGGUGUGCAGGGGAAAUAUCAAUAUAAUAAGAAAAGGGCCCAAAAUUAAAUUUGACAUUUGUUAAACUAAAGUUUGCAAAUGCUGCCUACAUACUGUAACAUCAAUCAUGCAUCAUUUGACUGGACUGCUUCUUCUUUUUUCUGUUUGACGCAAAAACAAAAAAAGUGUGCGUAUUUUUGCUCAACAUUUGCACAACUCACUGCCUUCCACAUCUGAGCUGUUUCCAUUGAGCCACAUUGUAAGUAGUUUGCUAUGAAAAGCAAAAAGAACAACAACAAAAAACAUCUAAAAGUGUAAAAAAAAAAAAAUGUGCGUGUUAAAAUAACAGCACGCACUACACCAUAAACUCCCACCCAAGCGGCUCAGUAUCACUGUGUAGUGUUAUAGCAGUGUAUAGACAGAUACCUGAACAAAUAUCUCUAUAAAUAUGAAUCUGUGUACUAUUGAUGGUCACAAAGACUAAGUGGAGCAACUAUUUUUAUGAAAUGCAACACUAUGGAUAUAUUAACUUUUGCAAAAAUCUUGUUUACCUGUAUGAUAUUCUGAAACGCUGUCAAAAUAAAAGAAAAUCUUGACACAACAUGAAAGAUUUAUUUGGGACAA